AUGGGGAUUGCUCGUGAUAGAAUCCACAAGCGAAGCAAGACCGGUGGGCGUCGUGAACGCAAUCGUAAAAAGAGGAAAUAUGAGUUGGGUAGGCCCGCUGCGAUGACUAAACUAGGUCCCCGUCGUAUACACACUGUACGCGUCCGAGGUGGAAAUAUCAAGCUUCGCGCGAUGCGUUUGGACCAGGGUAAUUUUAGCUGGCCCACUCAAGCUAUCUCGCGUAAAUCGCGAAUUAUCGAUGUCGUCUAUAACGCUUCAAAUAAUGAGUUGGUGCGCACAAAGACUUUGGUUAAGAAUGCAAUUGUCCAAGUUGAUUCUGCUCCCUUUCGUCAGUGGUACGAGGCUCAUUACUUGAAGGAACUCGGUCGUCAUCAUGCUAAAGGGAAGAAGGUCGAUACUACUGAGAACCCUGAGGAUGACGUUCUCCUUAAGAAGCGCAGCGCUGCUGUCAUGAAAAAGUACGAGGCUCGGCAGAAGCUGCCCCAAGCAACUCUUUCUGAUAACCUAAAGGAUCAGUUUAUGUCGGGUCGUCUUCUGGCCUGUAUUUCCUCCCGACCUGGUCAAGUGGGUCGUUGCGACGGAUACAUCCUCGAGGGUAAAGAGUUGGACUUUUACUCCAGAAAGUUGAAGGCUAAAAAAGCUAAGUAA